AUGGGGCUGCGGCUACGCGGGCUUGUGACGGCCGCUUUGCUGCUGGCAGCAGUGACCGCACCGCUCGACGCGGCGGUGCCGCCCGUUGCAGAGCGCGGGGCAAAGCGUGCGCCGCGCGAGUGUUCAGAGGCUGCCGCAGCCGGCAGCGCGCCCGUCGCGGACUCCGCCUCGUUCGCCGCCGCGCUGCGCAGCGCGACCGUCGCGCGCAUCGUGCUCACAGCCAACGUGUCGCUGCAGCCCGCGGACUUUGACUGGCGGGCGCGCAUCGUGCUGCGCCGCCCCGUCGCCGUCGUCGCGUGUGGCAGCAGCGGCGGCGGCGGCGGCACCCUGACGCUCGAUCUCGGCAACAACAUGGUGUCCCGAGUGGUCGUCGCCGACGGCGGGCGCCUCUCGUUCUCGGGCCCCGGCCUGGCCCUGACGAGCGCCGCGCCCGUGCUGCGCGGCCCGCUGUGGCCGAGCUAUAAUCCGCUGCUGCUGGGGCUGCUCGACCUGGACGGCGGCGGCGGCGUCGAGCUGUCUGAUCUGAAGGUCGCCACCCGCAGCCCCGCCAACGCCACCAUGCUCAUGGAGCGCUACCCGCCCGCCACGCGCCCGGACUUUGCCGUCGCGCCCGGCGGCGGCGCGGUCGUCGUCCGCAGCUGGAACCUGUCGCGCGCUGC